AUGAAGAGAAAUGCACCCAUCACCGAAGCCAAGCCGAUCGAGCAAACGCAGGCAUCACAACAAACCCUACGCUCAGCUUCACCCUCCAGCGACGAAGAUGCUACCACCACCAAUACCCCAUCCUCAACCGGGCCUAACCCCCAACCAAAAAACGACACCGACGCAGAAAGCAUAGGCGGCCAACGCAACACAAUGUCCCGUAAACGCAUGCUCCUCGCCUUCUCCGCCCUCUCCGUCUGCCUCUUCGUCUCCUUCAUCGACCAGACCAGCGUCUCGACCGCCGUCCCCGCCAUCGCGGAGGACCUCGACACGGGAACGGCCACCUCGUGGAUCGGGACGUCGUUUCUGAUUGCCUCGACGGCGUUUCAACUCAUCAAUGGGCGCUUGUCUGAUAUCUUUGGCCGGAAGAAUCUGCUGAUGAUUUGUUUGGUGUUGAUGGCUGUUGGGGAUGUGCUUUGUGGGUUUUCGAGGACGAAGGAGCAGCUUUUCGCGUUUCGGGCUGUUGCCGGGAUUGGAGGGGGUGGGAUCAAUAGUAUUGUUAUGAUUAUUGUGAGUGAUAUCACGACGUUGGAGAAUCGGGGGAAGUAUCAAGGCGUCCUCGGCGCCGUCCUCGCACUUGCAAACGGCGUUGGACCCUUUGUCGGAGGCGCAGUCGUCCAAGAAUCGACAUGGCGAUGGGUCUUCUGGAUGGUCCCCAUCAUCAGCGCCCCAGCCGCCGUCACAAUCCUCUUUUGCCUCCCGUUGAAGCAUCGACCCGGAAACUACGGCGAAAAGGUCAAAAAGAUAGACUAUGGCGGCAUCGCGCUCAACAUGGCCUCGACGUUACUCCUCCUCAUCCCACUAUCUGGAGGCGGCGUGACAUACCCCUGGUCCUCGCCCUUUGUCAUCGCUGGGGUGGUCGUGGGCGCCGUGCUUGCGGUUCUUUUUGUGCUCUACGAGUGGAAGCUGGCGAAGCUGCCCAUCAUGCCUUUGCGAUUGUAUCAGGCGCCGCACUGCAGUGCGUUGUUCGGGCAGACGUUCCUCAUGGGCCAGGCGUACUUUGGUAACUUAUUUUACCUACCGAUUUACUUCCAGUCUAUCCUCAACUAUGAGCCCCUUGUUUCCGGGGCGCUGAUCCUCCCCGUCAUUAUCACGACUUCGGGACUGUCUAUACUGUCCGGGCAGUAUAUGCUACGAGUGGGACGCUACAUGCCCUGCAUCCUCGCGGGCUUCUUUCUCUGGACGCUGGGAAACGGGCUCACUAUCCUCUUUGACCGCGAUACAGGCCUAGGAAAGCUGAUCCCGAUCCUCGUAGUCAUGGGCGCGGGUAUAGGGUUGACGUUGCAGCCUACGCUGGUGGGCAUGUAUGCAAACUCGCGCGCCGAAGACCGAGCCGUCACGACGGGCUUGCGAAACUUUAUCCGGACUAUUGGAGGCGCAUUUGGGCUUGUGGUGUCCGGGGUAAUACUGUCCAACACGCUGCGGCGGGAUCUUCACGGGAAAGAUUUUAUUUCCGAUGCGGUGAUUGCGGAGCUCACUUCAUCGACGUAUACCUUGGACCAAGAGGGGUUUUCGGACGCGGAGAAGGCGGUGAUAUUGGAGGCGUAUAUGAAGGGGUUGCAUUAUAUCUUUGUGUACUAUGUCAUUUGCUCUGGGUUGAGUCUGGUGUUGACUCUUGGGGUUGGGAAUACGGGGUUGAAGGCCAAGAAAGCGGCGCCGUCUGAGGAGGCUUCGGAGGGUCCGAAGGGGGCGUCGGGGGUUGCUCCGGCGAAUGACCAAGAGAAGGCGGGCGAGAGCUAA